AUGAUUAUUUCUAAUAAUGAACUAGUUGAGUUAGAAAGUGAUGUAUUCAUUAAUUUGACUUCAUUAAAAUGUCUCAUUCUCACAAACAAUAAAUUAACAACAUUGCCACAAAAUAUUUUUGAAAAAAAUGUUCAUACAACUGAAUUAGGGCAAAAUCACGAUUUCAUUCUCGAUGUAUCCCAUAACAAUAUAACGAGAAUUCAUUUCAAUAGUUGUGCUACUUGUUUCUCCACAGAUACAAUAAACAAUAUUACAUUACUCCUAAAUGACAAUCCUAUUGAAUGUGAUGACAUUUUAAAUGAUCUUUUAAAAUAUUUAGACGGUUCAAUGAGAAAAGAUCCGGAAGAUAAAUUGUUUAUUGAAAUUGAUCCAAUGAAAUGUUCAAUUUCAAGGGAGUUCGAUGGAAUUCUAUCGUCUAAUAUAAAUUCGACAGAUUACGAAAGUAGUCCAUCAAAAGAGGAAAUUAUCAAUUAUGAAAUGUGUCCAAAGGCGUGUGAUAUACGAAAAAGACAUUCUAAUCGAAAAUUCAUUAUUGAUUGUUCAUACAGGAAUCUUACUCAAUUUCCAGAAACAUUUUGCUACUCGAGUGAAGAGAAUUAUAAUCAUGAACUUAAUCUCACGGGAAAUUUCAUUAAGGAUAUGCCAAAUUUUUUUCCAAUUGGUUUUGAAAAUAUUAUAUUGAAAUUAAAUAACAAUCAGCUCACAACACUAUCAAUGGAAAUAAAACAAAUGAUUUAUUUGAGUGUUGAUAAAAUAGAACUUAGUAACAAUCCAUGGCAUUGCAAUUGUCAUUUAUUUGAACUUGUUAAACAACAACACGUAGAGGAUAUAGACAAUCUAAAUUGUAACAAUUCCAAUAUAAAAAUUAAGAUGCUUUCCUAUAAUGAAUUGUGUCCAAUGGAAAAGAAUGUAUUUAUCACACUUGUCGGCAUAUGUGUCGGCAUCAUAGGAUUGUCACUUGGUGCUUUUAUAAUAUUUUAUCAACGUUCACAAAAUAAAAUCAAAAUUUGGCUCUAUACUCAUAAUAUUUGUUUGUGUUUUAUCACUGAGGAAAAAUUAGACAAAGAUAAAAUUUACGACGCCUUUAUCAGUUAUUCCCACAAGGACGAGGAAUUUGUCGUUAAUGAACUUAUCAUGAAUCUUGAAAGAGAACCGCAAUCAUUUAAGCUUUGUAUUCAUUUUAGAGAUUGGCUAGCUGGCGAAUGGAUUCCUACUCAAAUUGUAAAAUCAAUUAAGGAAUCGAGAAGGACUAUUGUUGUUGUCUCGUCGAAUUUUAUUGAAAGUGAAUGGGGUAAAAUGGAAUUGCGAGCUGCUUAUCAAGAAGCUUACAAUGAUGGUAUUGCAAGAAUUAUUGUUGUAUUGUACGGUGAUAUUGGACCAAUUGAUAAUUUAGAACCAGAUUUAAAAUCAUAUUUAAAAAUGAACACCUACGUCCAGUGGGGUGAUCCCUGGUUUUGGGAUAAACUUCGCUAUGCACUACCUCACAAAUCCAAUUUUGAAUCUAAAAAAUUAGACACAAAGAAUUACAGACCACAUCCAGUUGCUCAGCUCGAUUUUAACAAAAUCGAGAAGACAUCGUAUUCUAAUAUGAUCACGUUGCCGUUGGACGAUCACGAAAAGAACUCGCUAAAUAAAAAUAAUAAUGAACGAAUAACUGAAGAAGCUUAAGAGUGUCCAAUUGUCUCUGAAAUUCUUUGGCAUUUAAUAAUCGCUUUAUAAAAACUGCACUGAACGUGAAAAUGAUAAACAUUGAUUUUAAAAUACUUUUUUUCUCGUAACGCGGACACUUUUUACAAUAAUCGUCCAAAACACCAAGGAUCUUUAUAUCUUAUAAAUUUCUUAAUUCCGAAAGAUUGUGCAAAUCUAUACAAAAACGCGAUUGUAAAAAGAAAAGUAAUAUAAUGACAGCUUUAUUACGUCCUGCAGCCGUUAGGUGUCAGAAGCAUGCAGGGAGCACAUUGUCGCAGCUGUCAUUAUAUUAUUUUCCAACUUUUCGUUUUUCAAUCGCCUUUUAUGUAUGUAUUUGCACAAUCUUUCGGAUUUAAGAAAUUUAUUAGAUAAGAAUCCUUGCUGUUCUGGACAAAUUUGUAAAUAAUAAUUAAAUGCCAAAGAAUUUCAGACACACCGUUCGACACUCUUAACCCUUAAAGUACACACUGAGUACAAAUCGUCCAUGUGUUUUUUUAAAUUGGGGUCCUUUAAAAACAUGUUAUUGUUCAAUUUUAAAUAUUAAAAAAAAAAUAAUUUUAUAUCAAUGAAACUAUAUUUUUCGUAUUCAUCAGAAGAUUUCUUAUCGCGAUAAAAAAAAAUCGAUUGCAAAUUAUUGCGGGGUACAAAUUGCCCUUGUGUGUAUCGAACGUAAGUUUUACAAGUGUGUAUUUCAAGGGUUAAUGUUUAAUGUUUACUUUAAGCAUAACACUUAUAACAUAAUACAGACUUAAGGGCAAGUCCAACAUGUGAAAUCUAAACAAACAUGAAAUGUAAAGAAACCAUGCACAUUUUUUCGCACUUCUCAUUUGAAUAAAAAAUAAAAAUUUGUCGUUUUUUUUGUGAAAAUGGUAAAUUAAUGUAUUAAACU